GCACCUUCGGUUUUGAAGAUGAGGUCGGUCGUCGUUUUAUGGUUUGAGUUUUGCACUUUUUAGCAACAAUGUCUCAAUAAAUGGAUACAGAAAGUACGAGAGACACAUAUUAAUGAUGACAGUAAGGUAAAAAGCCGUAAAUAUAUUCACCAUUGUGAGCAGAAUAGCCGCCGUGAUUCGAGGCUGGUCGGGACGGGGUUUGUAUUCGGCAUCAAAAUGGCGUCAACGUCUUGUGAGUUUUUCAUUGUACUGCUGUGUGGUUCUGUCAUGUUCAUUAAGGCAGUUUCCCCGUCUCUUGGUUCUGCUGAGACCAUCCAAAGUGAAGCCAGCGAACCAAACACUGGAACCAACAAGCAGAGAGGCAGUGACAAGAACCUCCAAAAGUCACAAAUUAACUUCAACAACCCUGAUUUAUUGCGUGAAUUGGCGUCAUCUUUGCACCAGCCUGGCGGAGCGGCGAGCAAGGUCCAGAGCAGGGCUAAUGAUGCAGACACCAAUCUUGAUGCAACUUUGCUCCGUCAAGUUAAGGUGUUAAAUAGGAGAUUCAGAUUCAUUGUGGACUCAGAACUUGGAUUAACUUCAUUACAGGAAGCUUACGAUUCACUGACGUAUGAAGAUAAACAGCCUAAUGCACAACAUCAACUCGAUCAGUUAACAGCGAACGUCAAAUCCAAGCUGAAGAAGUUUGUGCAGUUGCUGAAUUUUGACCGAGCAGUUGUUGAGAACCUUUAUCGUAUACAUCGCUCAGAUCCCAUUACAGCUAGUCAGAGUUGCUGCAAACUACGCCAUGACUUAUUCAAGUAUGAUUCUGUCUUCCAAGCUAACAUCACCAAGGAAACGGCUUGUGAGAGGGUUUCUCCUGUCACUUCUAGCAACACAUUCAACCCAGUCAAAAACAUCUCCCAAGUUUUUAAGAGACAUCAGAUGGCGAACCCAACCCUGAAAUGGCAGUAUUUCAACUCUGAGGAUGGAGUUCACAUUAUAUUCCCUGCUACAUCCUACACAGGAACUCAUGCACACGCUAGACGAUGCAAUAAAGAUAUGGAUAUGAGGAACGAGCCCAUCUAUUCCUCGACGGUUAGACCUCAGGCUAAGCACAUUGUUAUUUUGAUUGACCGAGGUUCGUCAGUCAGUGAGGCAUCUCUGCAGAUUGCUAAGGAUGCAGCGGAGGUUGCCUUAGCAUCUCUUUCUGAGAAAGAUCAGGUUGGAAUUUUAAGUGUAGGCUCUACUGUGCAGACCUGCCUACAGGAUGGUUGCUAUGACAACCACCUAGCAACUGCUACCUUGGAUACUAAGAAACAGCUCAUCCAGUAUAUCAAAACUAUCAGGAGAGAUACAGGUGUUACAAAUCACACACUGGGUCUUCAAAAAGCCUUUGAUCUGCUUCAGAAAUCCACCGUACCUCAAAACAUCAACAACAGUAUUACUGAUUGUGUGAUUGUUUACAUCAGUGCUGGACAUAUCUCUGAGAAUGAAGACGCUAGGGCUAUAAUCAAUACAGUAAUAAACAACAAUAGACUCUUCAACAAUAGAGCUAUUGUUAUGACAUAUGCUCUUGUACAAGAAGGAAUAACAGGGCUGGAGGAGUUGGCAUUCCUGAGGGAUCUUGCUGAAUUGGACAAUGGAACAAGCUACCAGGAGACGUAUAGAGGAAACUUACCCCCUAAACAGAAAGGAGUGAUGACAGUGUUGAAUCAGAUGAGCAAUUUACCUUCAACCGUUGGAAGAUUUUAUACAAUACUUCCGCUAGACACAAGUUCCAAACCUGUGUUCUCCCUACCUCACUUGGAUACCACUGGGGGAGGUCUAAUCUUGACAGUGAGUCAGACAUGUUAUUUGAAUAGUCGCUUGCUUGGUAUAGUAGGCUUAGAGGUCAAUAUGGCAGACCUUCUUGAGGAUAUCACAUACUUCAAGGAAGGAGAUAGAUCUUAUGCAUUCAUCACAGACAUGGCUGGUUUUACCAUUAUGCAUCCAUCAUUAGCCAGACCGAUUAUGGCAUCUGAACCUCCGCUCUACGCAGAUAUCAGUCACUUUGAACAAUCUGUUAACUUCAACAAAGUCCGACAGUCAAUGAUCAGUGGUGAGAGUGGGACCAUGAUUCUACAGAGAUCUGCUAAUGAUAGCACCGUUGUUCAUUACACAUGGGAACCAGUUGGAAAUGCACCUCUGUCUGUAUGUGUUGUCAUCAUGGAACAAGAUUUUCAUCUGAAACAUCUCAAGAAAAUGAACGUGCCCUCUGGACGGAUGCUCCUCUAUCACAGAUUAGAUUUAUUACCUUCAGAUAGUAUGUGUAUGCAUCUAAAACAGUUGGCAACUACAGAUGCAAGUACAUUGAUGUUAGCACCAAGUAGUUUCUCAUCCCCAUUUGAGCAUCUAAGUCAGAGUGAGACUAAGUUAGUAGUCCAGGCUUACAUGGCUUAUCUGACGGAUAAUACAAAUCUCAUUGCAAACCCAGGCUUUAAGAGUUCCAUCAAAGAUGAUGUAUCAGCAAUAAGUGGCUUAGAAAGUAUCUGGCUGUCUCAGAUUGAUAAGAGUAGCUUAAAUGACUACGUGGUCCGAAGGUAUCUAGCAACAACAAGUGGAAUUCUUAGGAUGUAUCCAGGCUCUAGAGUAGACAAGAGAUUUGACCCUUCAAAGAGACCUUGGUAUAAACGAGCCUUAGCCCAUCCAGGGCGUGUGACUAUAUCAUCGCCUUAUUUGGACAUGGGUGGAGCUGGGUACAUCAUCACGCUUAGCCAUGUUGUAUUUCAAGGAAGGAGUAGUGGACUGCAUGAGGAGUCGGAUCACGUCGUUGGCAUCAUGGGAAUUGACUUCACUAUCAGAUACUUCUAUAAAGUACUUCUUGAGGUCAUGCCGGUUUGUAAGGAGUCGACUGUAAGAUGCUUUGUCAUGGAUGAUAGAGGAUACCUUAUUGCACAUCCUAGGCUUGUGGAGCCAGUCGGCAGGGGACCAGUGGAGCAACAGCAUAUUACACAUCAGGAAAUCCUGGUCUCCAAUGACAUCCUGUACCACACACACCUCGUCAAGAAACUACGCUGCAACAAUUACGAGGAUCGUACCAUUCAGCGAUACUACUCCUUUAACACCAGCUUAGUUGGUGUUCUGUCUAAUCUGUAUCAUGGGGAGUACUGUAGCAAGUACCGCAUCGUUCAUGUGCCGGGUACCAACACGUUUGUGGGUGUUGUGAAUGAUACCUGUAGUGAGGUGACAACAUUCUGCCCUUGUAGCAUGUAUGACCGUCUUUGCCUGAACUGUAACCGCAUGGAACAAACAGAAUGUGAAUGUCCGUGUGAAUGUGAACUCCAGCUAGAUAACUGCCAUGGAACACUCAGACAGGGUGAAGACAGGAAUCCCAGCUGUUCUGAUAAGGAGGAGAAUUCAACACUGCCCUCUGUUGGCGAGAGUAUCACUGAUGGAUUGCUUCAAUGCUACAGAUAUAACUGUAAACAACGAAAGACUUUCAGUGAGUGCUUUGGUGUAGUGGAUUGUGAAUGGUGUGUAGCUACAACAACAAGCCAAGGUAAAUUAAGAAAGUUAUCCAAUCCUUACUGCGCUACACAGAGGGAGUGCUUCGGGGGAGCUGUUGGUGCUAAAUCACCUUACUAUGAUGAAAUAGCCACUGAUAGUCAAACUGUUCCCUUCGAGGCCCAUAAGGGAGCCCAGGUUGGCCCUGUAGCUGGUGCCUUUAUGGGUGUGAUCAUGGCUCUAGCGUUAGUCAUCUACGCCUAUCGUCACCAUGUCCAUAAUAACGCCCAGCGUCGUCGUGAGAUGGCGCAGAACGGCUCGGAUGCAUCAGUGAGAAUGUCUCAAGGAGACGGGGAGGCAGAGCCAGAAGAAGAAGAAGAGCCUGAGAAUCCACCUCCUGCUCCUGGUGCUUUUGGUCAUGCUAACAUACUCCUAGCAGCACUGAACCAACCCAGUCCCUACCACCAGCGAGCUCGUUAUGGCAUACGUGUCUGGCGUCAUCGACCUGGUGGUACCCCUAGCGAGAGUGACCAUGGCUACAGCACAAUGACCCCCCAUGAAGAUUCAGAGUACCAGUACGUGGAACCAGAACCAAUCCUAGUCCAUGUUGAACCGGACCGUCAUAAUGUAGAGCAACCUCCUGGUACCUUGCGGGUCAAACGGCCGAAGCUGACUGCACCCACCGCCACGCUAUUAGACUUAUCACACCCUAUUAGCCGUGAUAUGAGUGAUGUACCACCGAGAUUGGAUCCUCCGCCUCAAACAGUGCUUCCUAGUCGUCGAUCUAUAAUCAAAGCCCAGGUUCAUGCCAUGGAUACUAUGUGCUAGUGUCUGUGGUAAAAGCAGCAUUGUCUGCUUUGUAUAUAUAUAAUAUUUGAUUAUUAUUCACACAACUCAUGAGGUCAGAGGGCAAAUUCAGAGUCGAUUAAGCAUGAAAAAUGCUAAUUACAUUCAUGCGUACAGACCCAAUAGAGAUGUGCACAAAGCAAACACACAAAUUUUCCCUCAUAUUUGCCAACUAGAUGUGUUAAUGCUCAAUUGAUAGUGUAACUUGAUAGUUUGUGAGAACGGCUAAUGGGAGACUUUCAGGACGCUUGGUGGCAGCAGACUUACCAGGUAAACUCCAUUGUUCUUGGUAAUGUGCGCAUGCUCAGAACUACGUAAACAAUGGAAAUUUACCUGGUAAGUCUGCUGCCACCUUGCGUCUCCCAUUGCAAAGCCACAAGGUUUAGAUUCACUGUGCAUAGUCUUAUGUGUGGAGCUAAAUACAAUCAGGCAAGAACUUUGUUUUUAUUUAAUCAGCUCUGGAUUUGUUCUCUGUUUCUGUCUUAUCCCUUAAGGAUUUGUAGACAACUCACUGGAAGAUGAAAGAAGAAAAGUAUUAAGAUGUUAGCUAAAGAUAAUGCUGUCUUAAGUUUAUAUAGGUGAGGUUGAUAUAGACCAUGUAACCUUUGGCAUCACAAGCUUGAAAAAGAGCCACAUGGCUCAGUCUGCAGCAAAAUGGAAGAACAUUGUACAACUAUUGGCAGUUGCAUCACAUUUUAAAGCUACAUAAAUAUUUGUAAUUUUUUUGUCAUCGAAAGAUUUCCCAUCUGGCAUUAAUUUGAUUGUUUUUUAUUAUUGUAAAUACUGUACAUAUUAAUGGUAGAGAAUUUAUUGUUAGUGGAAAUUGAUAUUAUUUAGUACCUUGAAGCGAGAUGCAAACGUUCAAUGUCAACGUGUGUGUAUAUAUAUUUUGUACUUACAAUUUUGAUUAAAAAAAAAAGCAAAAACAAUGAAUGAAAACAAUGAACUCAGGUAAAAAUGUAACCCAUAAGGCCCUUUGAAAUUAAAAUAAGGUUCUUUAAUCUCCAAUCAGAAGGAUGUAUCAACACCUUCUCUUAUUUCUAGUAUAUUAAUUGUUACUAUUUGGUUUGACCCUUACACAGAUACUUGUUAGCAUUGUAUCCUCGGUACUUUCCAGAGUUCAGUGAAAAAAUCACCGGCAUAUAACUCUAAACUUGAGGUCUCGAAAUCAAAUUCAUGCAAAAUUACUUCUUUCUUGAAAACUACGUCACUUCAGAGGG